GAGUCAGUUUAUUUUUUGGCAGUUGGCAGUCCUUUUUUUUUACCCAAAGAAGCAAAGUGUGCCGCUGAAUAGGGCUUGGUUAUACUAGCUCUUCUCUUUCUUUCUUUCAUUUUUUUUUCCUACUUAGGUGACUAUAGCCUGUUGAUUAGAAGCAAUUGGUGGAUUAGAAAGGCCUGAUUGUUCUUGUUGCUAAUACAAGAAUAGUGAAGAAACAAUUUCUUCAGCUAAUAAAUUUUCAUGCACUCAGGCUUCAGCUUAUGGAAAUGGCUUGUUAAUUUAUAGAACUCUUUGUUAAUACACUUAUAUGAUCUAAUGAAUGAAAAUUAAGCAAGAAUUCUAUGGAUUACUGAGCCAUUUCCAUUUGAGGCAAUAAGCUGUUUGGGUUUGACUGAAGAAGCUUCUUUGUUGCCUGUGUAUCGCUUUUAGCUAUUCAGUGACUAUAAUUUGAAAAAUAUAUUUUCCCUCUUUUUUUUUCCCCAUAAAUAGCUUCCUUAACUAUCUGACUUCAAUCCUCUUGUAGGAAGUGCCACACCAUCUGGUAGACAUAUUGGAUCCAUUUGAAUACUAUUCUGUAGGACAAUUUUUUGAGGAUGCCAGGCAAGCAACAAGAGAUGUUCUUGACAGUGGCCAUGUUCCUAUAGUCAUAGGCGGAACUGGCUUGUAUUUACGAUGGUAUGUUCCUAGAUAUACUUUUGCGGUUUUGCCUAGGUGAGCUUUGUGAAGUUGCUGGGCUUCAUCUUUUUCUUCAAUAUAACUUCCUGAUCUCUAUAAACUAACCUCUUUGCAACAAAGUCUGCAUUUUCUCUUUGAUUCUCCUGGCUUCCUCAAUUGGGUAGUGUUGCUUCAUAUUGUGGUUUAAAUACUUUGUGAAGUGCAUUUUCUCUUAUGGUAAUACUUCUUGUGAUUUUAUAGGCUGCCCUGGCAGUUGAAUUUUCUUUCUCAUGAGUUAUUGUAAAACAACAUAUAUAGAGUUGUUUGCUAUGAUAUCUCUUCUUUUUGCUAUUAGGUUUGUAUAUGGAAAACCAGAUGUUCCAAAAGCUUCUAGAGACAGCUAUAGUACCUGCAGAGUACCUGCAGAGAUAGCAGAUUUUGAGAGAGAUGGGGAAUGGGAUGCUGCUGUGGAAAUGGUGGUUAAGGCAGGAGAUCCAAAAGCUAGGUCAUUGCCUGUCAACAACUGAUAUCGAUUUUGUCGCAGCCUUGAGAUAAUCAAGGUCAGUGAUAAUGGUUUAAAGGUCUUUGUAUCCUCGCAGCCAUUCACAAUCCCACCCCUUCGAGUACAGAGAUGCAUGGUGAUGUUUGCAUAUAGGCCAUAUCAUGUA